CGAUCGGGCGGUGGUAUCGAUGCGGGUCUAUCCCAACGACGCCGUUUGCGCCUCCGGUCCAGCCGCCACUCUCAGCGCAAAUUAUCCCGGGCAGCCCCUUUGCACGCAAGAAGCCAGGGUCACUCUUGGAAAUGGAUCUGCUGACUGCAACACCAAGCCGGGUGGCUGGAGCGGGCCCAGCCUCGCCAGCCAGGCCGAGUGAGCGGCCAGCAGCGGCCUCGCCUCCAAAGCCAAGUCGUGAUGUGGCCCGACCAGAGUCGUCCAUACUCGAGCCGCCACACAAAGGGAGCUCUAAUGAGAUGAGGUCUCAGCCGAAACGAGAUAUGGCAACAGCGACACCACAGUCGCGCGGAGGCUCUCGUGGCGGCGACAUUGAUCCCUUGCCCGCUGGCAGGAUGGCAGAUGAGCGCAACAAGCCCGCACAGCCAGGGACGUCUCGCCAGGAUGCUGCCCGCUCGCUCAAUCUCGACCAAGGAGAGAGUCUUGCGGCUCCUUCGCCCUCUGAACGCUCUGGUGCGGUCGCUCGUCCACCGAUCGAGUCACCAGUCAGCUACUGCUCCGAUUCGGAUGAUCAGGAGGAUCGAUGGGCCAAGCCGGAGGUCCAGACCGUGAGUGCCCGCCCGUCGGGGCGGCAGUCCGAGUCGCCAAAGUCCGGAUAUGUGCCGUAUCCCAUGAACUCGGCGACACUCUCGGGGUCGCUUGCGAUGUACGAUACAGCCACAAUGAAAGGAUGGAUCAAUUACCACGUGGUUCUGGCCGAGGGCUACCUGUGGCUGUACUCGCACAAGGCCUCACGAGCACACACAACCAUGAUCAACGUCUCCAGAGGAAUUGUCGAGCUGGGCAUCCAACCCGAGAACGCUGUCCAGCGCGCCGGUCCCACGAACCCGAAUGUCUUUACGAUACGGGUGACGCCCAAGCGACGACUGCUCGUAUGUGCUCCGUCACAGACGGAGAUGUGGAAAUGGCUCGAGGCACUUGGAUCGCUCAGGACGGGCCGACGAUAGCCGGACGAAUACACUGCUUCCGCUGGCAAUGAUGUGUGGUGUGGCGCUCUUCCCUGAGACAUUCCUCCGAGCCAACCAUGGCCGACGAGCAGCACCAGGCGGACUGGCAACGCGCUCCUGUCGCACACACCCAAAACGCGCUCGCUCGCUGCGCUGCGCAGCUGGUCAAGUCGGUGUCACCUGAUGUCGUCCACGUGGCACGAGUCGGUCAAAUCGG